CGACGAUUUCCCGGAUGGCGGUCGACCUGCUGAGUCAGCAGCUGCUAGCCUCCGCAUCCAGCCAAUCGCCACGCGAGAAGUAACCUUAAAUGCGCUCCCGCGAAAAGGCCAGCAUGGCCGGAGUGGCUCGUUCGCCGCGAGGCCAAUACAAGAACCAACCUGGCCGUGACUUCUCUUCCUUCUCCAGCCAACUGACUCUUCCUUUACCUCCCUCACCCCCUCUUGUCUUUCUCCAUUCUUCCCCUCUGCUCAUCCGGAGUGGUUUGGAGAUAGCCUGAUCCUCCUGUCUGGACCAGGAAGCGAGACUGGGAAUCGAAUCUCGAGAGCUCAGCACAGCUGGAAACAGCGCGUCUUGAAGCUCGAACAGAUCGUUUUGAGUUGUCCUCCGGCUCUGCGCUGGCCAUAUACACAUAAUGGCGCGUCAGUCGAGGGAUAUGGCGUCCAAGCCCUUCGCUUGGACGACCAUCUUGUACUUACUGCUUGUCUUUAUUGCUCCUCUGGCAUUCCUGGGAACUGCCAACGCCUCUGAUGAUGUACAGGACAACUAUGGAACUGUUAUCGGUAUCGAUUUGGGAACAACCUACUCUUGUGUCGGUGUGAUGCAGAAUGGAAAGGUCGAGAUUCUGGUGAACGAUCAGGGUAACCGUAUCACUCCUUCGUACGUGGCCUUCACGGACGAGGAGCGUCUGGUCGGUGAUGCCGCGAAGAACCAAUACGCAUCGAACCCUACGCGGACUAUCUUCGAUAUCAAGCGUCUGAUCGGUCGCAAGUGGGAUGACAAGGAUGUCAAGAAAGACAUCAAGAACUUCCCAUUCAAGGUCACCGGAAAGGAUGGUAAGCCCGUCGUUACCGUUGACGUUAAGGGCACCCCCAAGACCUUCACCCCCGAGGAGGUGUCCGCCAUGGUUCUUGGAAAGAUGAAGGAGAUCGCCGAGGGCUACCUCGGAAAGGCUGUCACUCACGCCGUCGUCACUGUUCCCGCCUACUUCAACGACGCCCAGAGACAGGCCACCAAGGAUGCCGGUACCAUCGCCGGUCUCAACGUUCUCCGUAUCGUCAACGAACCUACCGCCGCCGCUAUCGCCUACGGUCUAGACAAGACUGGUGAUGAGCGCCAGAUCAUUGUCUAUGAUCUGGGUGGUGGUACUUUCGAUGUCUCCCUCCUGUCUAUUGACAACGGCGUUUUCGAGGUCCUGGCUACCGCUGGUGACACUCACCUGGGUGGUGAGGACUUUGACCACCGUGUCAUGGACCACUUCGUCAAGCUAUACAACAAGAAGCACAAUGUCGACAUCACCAAGGACCUGAAGACCAUGGGUAAGCUGAAGCGUGAGGUUGAGAAGGCCAAACGUACUCUGUCUUCCCAGAUGUCUACCCGCAUUGAAAUCGAAGCUUUCCACGAGGGCAAGGACUUCUCCGAGACCCUGACUCGUGCCAAGUUUGAGGAGCUGAACAUGGAUCUGUUCAAGCGCACCCUGAAGCCCGUCGAGCAGGUUCUGAAGGAUGCCAAGGUUAAGAAGGCCGACAUCAACGACAUUGUUCUUGUCGGUGGUUCUACCCGUAUUCCCAAGGUCCAGGCUCUCCUCGAGGAGUUCUUCGGUGGCAAGAAGGCCAGCAAGGGUAUCAACCCCGAUGAGGCCGUCGCCUUCGGUGCCGCCGUCCAGGGUGGUGUCCUUUCCGGUGAGGAGGGAACCUCUGAGGUUGUUCUCAUGGAUGUCAAUCCUCUUACCUUGGGUAUUGAGACCACUGGCGGUGUCAUGACCAAGCUGAUCCCUCGUAACACUGUUAUCCCCACUCGCAAGUCCCAGAUCUUCUCGACGGCGGCCGACAACCAGCCCACCGUGCUGAUCCAGGUCUACGAGGGAGAGCGCUCCAUGACCAAGGACAACAACUUGCUGGGCAAGUUCGAGCUGACCGGUAUUCCCCCGGCUCCUCGUGGCGUCCCCCAGAUUGAGGUCUCCUUCGACCUCGAUGCCAACGGUAUCCUGAGGGUCAGCGCCAGCGACAAGGGCACUGGCAAGUCGGAGUCCAUCACCAUCACCAACGACAAGGGCCGCCUGUCUCAGGAGGAGAUCGACCGCAUGGUUGCCGAGGCUGAGGAAUUUGCCGAGGAAGACAAGGCUGCCAAGGGCAAGAUCGAGGCUCGCAACGCACUGGAGAACUACGCCUUCAGUCUGAAGAACCAGGUCAACGACGAGAACGGUCUUGGUGGCAAGCUCGACGAGGAUGACAAGCAGACUAUCCUGGAUGCUGUCAAGGAGGUCACUGACUGGCUUGAUGAGAACGGUGCCUCGGCCACCACCGAGGACUUCGAGGAGCAGAGGGAGCAGCUGUCCAGCGUUGCCUACCCAAUCACCAGCAAGCUUUACGGUGCUGGUGAGGCUGACGAGGACGACGAGCCUCACGGCCAUGACGAACUGUAGGAUUAUUUAGAGGGCAUUAUGGAGUUCUGAGUGCUUUUUCGUGAUUCCAUCUUUUGUAUGCAUUAGGAAACGCUGCGUCUUGCAGGUCUCUGGGAGCAACAGCAGAAGAAUAUGAUACCUUAAUCAUGUUUGGUUAGAU